AGUUGUGUUGCUUUUUGUAUUGUUGCAGAUGCGAUGAUUGCCUUGGGAAAAAUGAACAUUUAGGGGAUCUUGAUGUAUGUUAGUUGCUUGGUGAGAAGAAAAUUGGCCCCUGGAAUGCACCACCAUUAUCAUUCUUGCGCUGCAAGCAAUAAUAAUAAUAACAACAACAAUAAUAAUUUCUCAUCUGGAAGAGAUUGUUCAAAAUGGCUGUAGCCAUUAACCAACACCACGGAUUUAAGCCAUUCAGCAGGUCCCAGAGAUGCAAGCUCCAAUCCUUCAGUCACCUUGAUCAGACCAUUUUGGAACUCAAUCGAGCUACUCUUUCCCACCACUCCUUUAAACAAAAACAAAAACUACAACAACAACAACAACAUACUCACCUUCUUGAAUCUGAAGAAGCUGACAUCAUCCAUCGCAGCUUCUCCACUCCAUGCCUCCCCUUAACCACUUUAUCAUCCGGGGAAGACCUCCCUUCCUCCUCGCAUCCAAGAAUCGAGAUUGUUCGCGGCACCGGGGCUCCGGUCCACGCUCUGGUAGUCGAGGUCGCAAUUGCCAUGGCCUCCGGUCUUCACCCGAAACCACUCCCAAACGGUCUUGGCGGUGCCUACCUCUUCUGCAAUCCAAUCAGCGGCAAAAACAUCGCCGUAGCAAAGCCCGUCGACGAAGAGCCCUUAGCCUUAAACAACCCAAAGGACCUGGGCUCUCAAUUGCCGGGCCAGCCGGGCCUCAAGACUUCAAUUCGCAUCGGCGAGGCUGCUACCCGUGAGCUUGCUGCAUAUCUCCUCGAUCACGGCUCCUUCGCUGCUGUACCUCCAACAGCCCUCGUCAAAUUCUCUCACGCUUCUUUCUUCGCCAACGACGCGCCUAAACUCGCGUCGCUUCAACGCUUCAUCGGUCACGCUUUCGAUGCCGGCGAGUUGGGACCUUCUCUCUACUCUGUUUCCUCUGUUCACCAGAUCGGAAUCUUGGACAUUCGCCUUCUCAACCUUGAUAGACACGCCGGCAACAUGCUUGUUAUGAAUCAUGGCUUCGUUCCUGGUGUUGCUGCUCAUCUUGUUCCCAUUGACCAUGGCUUCUGCCUCCCUGAGUGGCUUGACGAUCCUUACUUUGAGUGGCUCCAUUGGCCACAGGCUUCUACACCUUUCUCCAACUCAGAACUUGAUUACAUCUCGAAACUCGAUCCGUUUAAGGACGCUCAGAUUCUAAGAUCAGAGCUUCCUCUGUUGAGGGAGUCCUCAAUUAGGGUUCUUGUUGUUUGCACCAUUUUCUUGAAGCAUGCUGCAGCUGCAGGGCUUUGCCUCACCGACAUAGGGUUACUGAUGACGAGGGAGUUUUGUGGCGGCAAAGAAACACCGAGCGAGUUAGAGACAAUUUGCUCACAGGUUAAGGCCAGUGUUCCUCUUGAUGUUCCCAACAAUAAUAACGAAGAAGAAGAAGGGAGUAGUUGCGAGAUUAGUGGCAUUUCCUUUGGAGACAUGAGGAAAGGUGAAUGGGAAUCUUUUCUGGAGAUUUUCGAUAAGGUUUUGUGUGGUGUGUUUGGAAACAAGCAAGUUUAAAAUUAUUUGGAACAUCAUAAUGUGGAGAUCAUUGAUGAGAGUUAGUAGAUAUAUAUGAAAAAAAAAAUUAAAGCAAGAGAACAAUCACUGUCGCUUUGUAAUUGUACACUAAUGUUGAGAAGAAUAUUCAUAGAUUAGGGUUGUAGAUAUAAAAGAGAUGGACUUCUAAUAUGGCAAAAAGGGAUGGAAUAGGGAUUGGUGAGGUGCUAAUUAGUUUUAUGCCAUCCAUUCCGUUCUGCAAACUUUUUUUUUUCUUUAUUUCUUU